UGACGUGUCCGACUGACCCGGAAGUUAUAUUCGGGAGCCGAGGCCGGGGCUUUGCGAGGCCGUACUCUCGGGGUUUGGGGUUGUUUCCGCUGGAGGGCGGUCGGAGUUCCCGGUGCAUCCCGGGAAAGUACGCGGUCCGAACCUGCUUCCUUCUCCGGGACUUUAGGAGCCAGCCGUUGCCAUGACGACCCAAGCAAGUUUGGUGGCGAACCGAGGCCGGCGCUUCAAAUGGGCCAUUGAGUUGAGCGGCCCCGGGGGAGGCAGCAGGGGCCGAAGUGACCGGGGCGGUGGCCAGGGAGAUUCCAUGUAUCCGGUGGGUUAUCUGGACAAGCAAGUACCAGAUACCAGCGUUCAGGAAACAGACCGAAUCCUAGUAGAGAAGCGUUGCUGGGACAUUGCCCUGGGUCCCCUCAAACAGAUCCCAAUGAACCUUUUCAUCAUGUACAUGGCAGGCAACACUAUCUCCAUCUUCCCUACCAUGAUGGUGUGUAUGAUGGCUUGGCGGCCCAUUCAAGCACUUAUGGCCAUUUCAGCCACUUUCAAGAUGCUGGAGAGUUCAAGCCAGAAGUUCCUGCAGGGAUUAGUCUAUCUCAUUGGGAACCUCAUGGGGUUGGCUUUAGCUGUCUAUAAAUGUCAAUCCAUGGGGUUGCUGCCCACACAUGCAUCAGAUUGGUUGGCUUUCAUUGAACCCCCUGAGAGAAUGGAAUUCAGUGGUGGUGGGCUACUCUUAUGAUCAGAGGAAAACGUGAAUUGGCACCCCUCUCAUAUUUGGAUCCCAUUUGGUUUUUGUCAGUUGUGUCUUCUCAGUAGCAUAUCAGUCUGUUCUGCUUUGCAAAGGUUUUUUUGUGAUGAAAUGAAGAAUGAGUUCUUUUCUCAAAGGUAAAAAAGAACAAAGUUUAGAGUCAGCGUACCAAUGAAGAAAAAUUACGGAGAUGCUCCUGGCUGAAAAUAAUAUAAAAAAAACUUUAUUUAUGAUUCUAAUACAGAGCAAAAACAUCAAAACCAUAAUUCCAUGUAAACAAAAGAGUGGCUGCUUCAGCCUCUCCUCUCAAUAAAUUAAACUGCUCAGAACAGCUCUUGGGAAAGAAAACAAAGUUGCAUGAGUUCCCUUAAUUCCAUUUUCCUUAAAAUAAAGAUUCUAUCUCUAAAUGAAUGAUAUUAAAGGAGACAAAUACUGCUGGAAACACUUUUGGGAGAUUAGAGAAACUAAUGCUAGUUUCAGAUUAUACAUGAUGAUAAGAAGGAAAAAAAACAAGCAUUAAUACCAGACUGAACCUGGGCAUUUUCUACCUGCCAUAUUAUUUUAUUUAACUUGGGGACAGAGGAAGGCAACUGUGCUUAAUCCACCACGGGGUAGUAAAUGGAAUUCUUAGGGAGAGGCAGUCCCCAGGUGCCUCAAUAAGUUAUGAGGCAUAUAUGAAUAUGAAGUAGUGAUCUUUCCCCUGCUAAAAAACUGGCCUCAGUAUGUUUUUUAAUCCACCUAGUGAAGGCAUAGACCAAUAAUAGCAAGAGGAUAUUUGACACUACAUUCCCUAGGAAUAUUAUGGCUAAAUCUCCAAAUUUGAUCUUGUCCCAAAGGCAGAAGGUUCUUCCCCUCUCUUACCUCUGUAAAGCAAAUAGCCCAUUUCCCUAAGGUGCGUUCUCUUGUUGAGUUUUCAGUAUUGCUCUACUUUGCAAUGAUUGAGAGGCAUUUUGUAGACACAAGACAAAAUAUACACAUAUACAAUGACCGAUAGAGAAAUGGGAGUGAGAGUCUGGAUGGAACAAUAUUAUGUAACAGUUAUUUAAAAAAAAAAA